AUGGCAUCAACGCGGGCGCUGCGGUCGGCCGAGAGCAAGGCCGCGCUCGAGCCCGAGUCCUCCGAGUCCGAGUGCAACAACGGCGACGGCGACGGCGACGUCGUCGACCAGCCCACGUCCGACCGCAUGCACCUUCUCUCGGCGCUGCCCGAUCUGGACGAGCUCUGCAGCGCCAACGGCCUCUCGCGCAAGCAGUUUGGCAAGCGCGCGCACCUCGUGCAGUCGCUCGAGAUGUUUCUCGGCUUUUGGCCGCGCAUGGAUACUGUCAAGUACUUUACCAAUUUGCGGGACCUCUCGAUCGUCAAGCACCCAACGAUAUCGGUGCUCGAAGGCCUCGAGUCGUGCCCGCAGCUCGAGUCCCUUCGGAUCGUCGAGUGCAGCCUUGGGCGCAUUGAAGGCCUCUCACAGUGCACGCGCUUGACGUACCUCAACCUGAGCUCGAAUGCGCUCGUUUGCAUCGACGGCCUUUCGCCGCUCACCCACCUCGAAACGCUCUGGCUCAACGACAACCGCAUCGAGCGCCUCAGUGGGCUCGAGCACUGCACUGCGCUGCGGGUGCUAUGGGUGGCCAAGAACCAUAUCGCAUCGCUCGAGCGGUGUCUGGAUGCCAACGUGACACUGACCGAGCUCAAUGUCGCGGCCAACCAGCUAAGCAGCUUCCAGGCAUUGGCGCCGCUUGGGAAGCUGCCGCACCUCACGUCGCUCAGUCUGAGCGAUCCGCACUUUGGCGACAACCCCGUGUGCCGGCUGUGCAACUACCAGACGUACCUUCUCUGCCAACUGCCGCACCUCGCGUACCUCGACACGCUCGAAUUGAGUCCGCUCAACAAGCAGAUCGCCGACUCGACGCUCAUGAAGAAGCGUAUGUACUACAACAUGCGCAUCAAGACCAUCAAGCGCAACAUCUCCAACUGCGUGCGGCACGCACGGCAGUGCUAUACCGAUCACAUCAACUUUGCCAACUUUAACCUGAACGCGGUCAUGCGCGAGCUCUCGGAUCUUGACAAGGAGAUCGAAGAUGCCAACAUGCAAGGCGCCUCGCAGACGUUUCCCAAGUACCCGCCCGGAAGCCUCGAGGCGAAGCGGGCCCAAGUCGCUGCGUACAUAGUCGCCAAGACGCAGUGCAUACAUAGCAUGACCGAAGCGUUCGAGCACCUGCGGCACCAGCUCACAAAGCUGAGUGAAAAAACGAUCGCACGCCUCCUCUUGGAGCUCAACACGGGCGGGAACAUUCGCCUCGAAGAUGGCUCGGACGCCGACGUGUGGUACGCGAGCUGCGUCGACUUGCUCAAGUCACGCGCCUUCUUGGCCGACCUCGCACCCCUCGGAAUCCGCGACCUCAAGGUCAACCGUGUCACGCGCAUCAACAACCGGUUUCUGCGCAACCGGUUUCAGGAGCGCGUCGAGACGCUUCUGUCUGGUCCGGACGAACAUAUCAAGGACAAUGUGAGUAAGCGCGGCGUGACCAUCAAGGAGAGCACCAUCGAUAGCGGCCCGCCAUCGACGGACGUGGACACUACUACCAAGGACACCACCGACGUGGCAAUCGAAAAUACGCUCGAGUACCUCUUCUACAUGCAACCGCCGAUCCUCGAUCGUGUCGAUGGCGUCAAGGAGCAGUACCAUGUGAUCGAACACGGCUUCCGCGCUGCCGACGAGUAUGCCGUGCUCGGACCGCACUGCGCGCACGGCAUGAAGCUCACCAACUCACUUGCGCUUCUUGAUGUCCCUCGCAUUGCAACUGCGCUGCAUCGUGGCGCCGAGCCCGACGCCGAUGUCGCGAGCUAUAUGCAUUUCGGCUGGCAGUCGCUCGAGCUCACAAGAGGCAUGCGCAGUACGCAGCGCAAGCUGCUCUCGGGCGAGUACAAGCUACCGGACGGCGUCCUCGUCAUCGCCAAAGCCUUUGUGGGCCACACGCGGAUCGUCGAGCCAAGCGCGUCGUUCCCGCUGCAAAAGCCCGACGACGUUCAGUGCCUCCAAGCCAUCAAACCGACCGACCCAAAGCAGCGUAUGUACUUUUUACUCGACGCGGCGCUUGCGUUGCCCGAGUACAUCGUCGAGUACGAGUACACGCCACUGGACACGGCGUCGCACCUCCUCGCGGGCUUGGUCCCGUCCGUCGCACCCGCGGUCGUCGCCAGCCGUCCGCUGGGCCCGGACGACUACAAGCAGUAUGGCAUCACAUCGGACGAAGCGAUUGUCGACAUGGGCGCGGCGAUCGCGCUCACCGAAGCCUUCAAGCUCAAGUACCAACUCGUGUUCUCCGAGCCGCUUCUCGAGCAGCAUUUGCUCGAAGAAGCCGCCAAGAACCUCAUUCAAAUGGACCCAACGAUUGCGCGGCGACAGGCCAUUGGUGGCAUCGCCAAUAUGCUCAUUUCGCCGUCGACUAUCGAGUCGUUGGCCCAUGGUGUCGCGCCGCACGACAUGGUGCACUUGAACCUCACGAGCUCGGGGCUCAAGUCGCUCGCCGGACUCGGAGGGUGCGGCCUCGUCAAGCUCGAGCGCCUCGUGCUCAGCUUCAACGAGAUUCGGACGAUCGAGGGGCUCGAGGGCUUGACGUCGCUGUCCACAUUGGAUCUGGGCUACAACAUUUUGCGCUCGAUCGACAACAUCCAUGGGCUUCUUGGACUGCAGACGCUCCUGCUCAACAACAACUUGCUCUACCGUUUUGAGGAUGUGAGUACGCUCAGCCACGUGCCGAGUUUGCAUACAUUGGACCUGCGCAACAACGCCAUCUGUGAAACCAAGCGGUACCGAAAGAACGUGCUCCAGCGACUCCCCAAGCUGCAGCGUCUCGACAUGGCGCCGGUGGUCGCGAGUGAGCUCUCGACAUCGCUCGCCGUGCGUCUCUCGCCGCAUAAGAUCUGGGCGUGCGCGCGCGGGAGCCGGCACGAUCGCGGUGAGUCGAGCUUGGCACGAUUCCGCAGCAAGCCGCUAGGCCAAGAUAGCGACGGAGCGCUCCGGGCCGUCGAAAACGACGACGAUGAGAGCUGGUGGGCCACGGUGGAGGAGCUGCACGUGGACCACGAGUCUCUCUCGAUGCUCAGCCAUUUAGAGAAACUCACAUCGCUCCGUGUUGCGUCCUUCUCGGACAACGAUCUGAGCUUUAUCGAUGGCCUUAGUCAGUGCACCAACUUGGAAGAGCUGGCGCUCGACAACAACCAGAUUAUGACGAUUGAAAACUUGGAUACGCUCGUGCACCUCAAGGUGCUCGACCUCGGCAAGAACAAGCUCAUGGGCAUGAAGAACCUUGACACGCUCGUGAAUCUCAAGCAGUUGUCGCUCGAAGACAACCAUAUUACGUCGCUCCAAGGCCUCUCACACCUCGUCAAGCUCACGGAGCUCUACAUUGGCAACAACAACAUUGCCAACAUCAAGGAAAUCCACCACCUCAAAUCGCUGCCCAAGCUCAUCAUUGUGGACUUUUCUGGCAACGGAUUCUGCGCCGACGCCGAGUACACGCUGUAUACGAUCUAUAACCUUCGGCGCAUCAAGGUGCUGGACGGCGUGAGCAUCUCGAGCGACCUCCAGUUUGAAGCCAAGCAAAAGUACAGCGGCAAGCUCACGACCGACUUUCUCAUCGAGAAAAUUGGCCACGCGUUCAAUCGAAUCCAUGAAAUGGAGCUGUCGUCGUGCCGGAUCCGCGAAAUCGGGUCGCUCCACGGGGACGUCUUUGUGAACCUCAAGAGCCUCAACCUUGAAAACAACCUGAUUACUGAUAUCUCGGGCAUUGAGAAGCUGCCCAAGCUCCGCGGCCUCAACCUAUCGAGCAAUCGGAUCGAGCGCCUCUCCCAUGCAGGCCCGCACACGGGUGUCUUGGCGUGUCCGAAGCUCGAGAACCUCCAACUCGGGCACAACCUCAUCACAGACAUGUCGCAACUGGGUCUGCACCACCUCCAAGAACUCAAAAUUCUCAACCUCGAAGGCAAUGACAUUACGCAAAUCGCGGGCCUCACCCACGCCCACGAGCUUCGGGAGCUCAUUCUGAGCAAGAACAAGAUCCGGCAGUUUGAAGCGGCGACAACCAACGUGCUCACAAGCCUUGUCGUCCUGAAGAUGGACGACAACAGCCUCCGAUCGCUCGUGUACUUUUACCCGCUCAGCCGACUGCAGGUGCUCGACUUGUCCAACAACCGGUUACCCGACCUCGAAGAGGUCGAGCGUCUCCAGCCACUCAUUCCGAUCGUGCAAGAGCUCUGGGUCGCCAACAACCCGCUCGCCAAGCGCCACUUGUGUCGGUCGACGAUCAUCUAUCGCUACUCGAGCCUCAAGUGCUUGGACGGGAAAGACAUCACCCUCGAAGAGCGCGAGCGCGUCGAAGUGCUCUUCAUGCAUGACCGCGCCAUGGUCGCGCCGUCGCUCCCCCCCGCCGUCUCGGCUGCUCUGAUCAACGCCCCGCACUUUGCUACCUCGAGCAAAACAUCCGUGAAGCUCACAGCCAUGAGUUUCGAGUCGAUCAUCGGCGGCCAGCGGCGGCAGACCAGCAGCAACAACGCCGUCUUGGGGACGGUCUUGCCCCAAGUGCCCACGGACCGCAAGGUACACGACAUGCCGCUGGCGUCGCCAUCGACGAUGACACCGCCAACGGACGCCCGGCGCCGAUCCGAGGCCACGACCCUUGGUCAACUGACGGGCUUCAACAGCUUGGGCAACCACAAGCUCAUGCCGCGACCAGAGGUGAGCAUGACACCGCCCCCGAAAGCACAACCGUACGUCGCGCAGCCCACCGGCCAUGUAUAUACAUCACGCAACUUUGGCCGGAGCGGCGGCUCACUAAAGUAACUCAACGACCUUGUUUGUGGGCAC